GCCAUGAAUCCUCGAAUCUCUCUUCCGGCCUUGCGAGGCGCCUUGAGGCCAAGUCUGAAGGGCCAAUUGGGUAAUGGCUGGGUCUACCAAUCUUGUCGGGCGAACAGUCAACCCUGGGCGACCUUUUCCAGCUCGAGGAGAUCCCUCGAGAAGCCAUAUUAUAUCACGACACCCAUUUUCUACGUGAACGCUGCUCCCCACAUUGGCCAUUUAUACACAAUGGUCCUCACGGACAUCCUUAAACGAUGGCAAGUCCUGCGUGGAAAGAGAGCUAUCCUCUGCACAGGAACGGAUGAGCAUGGUAUGAAGAUACAGCAAGCAGCCGCACAAGCGAAAACACCACCUAAAGAGUUCUGUGACUUGACGGCAGAAACUUUCAAGACGUUGGCAAAACGAGCAGGACUCUCCAAUGACCAUUUCGUGAGGACGACAGACGAGGAUCACAAGGAAGCUGUACAAUACUUUUGGCAUAUGUUGAAGGAACGGGAAUACAUUUACGAAUCUAAACAUAAGGGGUGGUAUUGUGUCAGCGACGAGACAUACUAUCCCGAGUCAGCCAUUGAGAAGAGGUUGGAUCCUUUGACUGGGAGGACAUUUAUGGCUUCCCAGGAAACAGGAAAGGAGGUCGAAUGGACCUCGGAGGCCAAUUACCAUUUCCGCCUUUCAGCCUUUCAGGACCGUCUACUGGAAUUCUACAGGGCAAACCCCAAUUUCGUCGUUCCAGUAUCACGAAUGCACGAUGUUGUCCGAUGGGUCUCCGAAGGAUUGGAGGACCUCUCGAUCUCCAGACCUGUUGAAAGACUAACCUGGGGUAUUCGAGUUCCGGAUGAUGAGAGUCAAACGAUAUAUGUUUGGCUUGAUGCUCUAAUAAACUACAUUACAAAGGCUGGCUAUCCAUGGGCGCCUGGUCAGGAGCAUGCUUUGGGAUGGCCGGCCGAUGUGCAAGUCAUUGGGAAAGAUAUUGUUCGAUUCCAUUGCAUAUACUGGCCAGCAUUUUUGUUAGCUCUUGAUAUCCAGGCCCCAAAGCAGAUCCUCACACAUGCUCACUGGACGUUGGGACACCAAAAGAUGGCUAAAUCAACAGGCAAUGUUGUCAACCCAUUCUUUGCCAUUGACCGAUAUGGGGUCGAUGCAAUGCGAUAUUACCUCGCUCACGAUGGUGGAAUUACUGACGAUUCUGAUUACGGAAACCAGUUCGUCGUGGAGAGAUACAAGAAGGGUCUCCAAGGAGGACUUGGUAACCUGGUCAGCAGAAUCACUAGGCCCAAAAUAUGGAACGUUCAGGACGCAGUCCAAGCUGCCAGAGAUGGAAAGCUGGAAAAGGUUGAUCCAAGCAUGGAAGGGCAAAUUAUUAUGUUGGAAGAGCUUCCUCAAAAAGUCUCCGCAAAAAUGGAGGAGCUUAAUCCUGGAGCUGCCCUGCAAAAAAUCAUGGAUGCAGUCUAUGAGACGAAUAGAUUCCUCCAACUGAACGAGCCAUGGGCGCUGGCUAAAGCAAUUAAAGAAGGCGACCUCAAUCGAGGAAUGGCUGCCCAAUUGAGGACUAAAAUUGACUGCAUUGUCUACCACUGCGCCGAGGCUACUCGAAUUAUCGGGAUUCUGUUGCAACCAUACAUGCCGACGAAGGCAGCCCAACUACUCGAUAUGCUGGGAGUCGAUGAGUCGAAAAGGAUGUUUGAUGAUGCUAAACUUGGAGCUGAUUAUAAUUAUGGUACGCCCAAGACUCCAGUGGGAAGGGACGCUUGGGAGGGAUUAUUUCCGCCAUUGCCAGUUGAUACAUGAGAUAUGUUGUACGAUUAGGAUGUCUUUUGGAAGAAAGUUGCAAGAGCCGCUCCCAUAGAGAUUGAUGGUCGGUGGAGAGUAGAUGCGAUACCCCUUGAACAAUGAAAGUUAAUUCGGUAAGUUUAAAUGUUGAGCCUUCUCGUAACGAGCAAGGCCAGCAAGUGGCUGAGUUUCUUAAUAAGUAUCAAUUUUUAGUACACUUGGGGUAAGCAAAAAGUUCAGAACGUUUUGCCAACCUUCGAAAAAGGUGGCGAAGGAAGGGACCACGCGCCUCCGGUUAGUCGUGAG